AUGUCCAUGAUGGAAUUCAACGACGACAGUAUCAGAGAGCUGAAGUUCCGGCUCGAGGACGCCGCCAUUAAAUGCUCCGAGCGGUGCCUCUACCAAUCGUCCAAAUGGUCUGUCCGUGAUAGCUCUGUUUCAACUGUUGAAGAAGGACUGACAAAAAUCGUGACUCCCAGGGCGGCAGAAAUGCUCGAUUCUCUCCUACCACUCGACAAUGAAGAUACUGACCUUGGCUCUCCUAUGGAUAUGACGGAUCCGCCUUUGCCACCAGUCAAUCCAUACCUCGGCCCUCAAGAUCCCGCAGAAGCCGCUCUCGAGGCCCAGGAAGCGCACAAGUACCUGCUAGCCAAGUCCUACUUUGAUACCCGCGAAUAUGACCGCUGCGCCGCCGUGUUUCUCCCACCCAAGAUACCCCUCGUUCCUCUCUCCGUCACCUCGCCCAACUCGAAGCCGAAGCCGCCUCGACCCUCGCAUAAGGGAAAGGACAAGUCCUCUCCAUUCCAAGGCUCCAAGGUCAACGCCCCUCGAAACCCAUACCCGAAGCUUAGCCAAAAGUCUCUAUUUCUCGCUCUGUAUGCCAAGUACCUCGCCGGGGAAAAGCGCAAAGAUGAGGAGACAGAGAUGGUACUGGGCCCCGCCGAUGGUGGGAUGGCCGUCAAUAAAGAACUGCAAGACCUGGCUCAUGGGUUGGAGGGAUGGUUGGUGGAACGACGUGCACAAGGGCUGGAGGCUCGAGGACAGGGCUGGCUGGAAUAUCUCUAUGCUGUUGUCUUGCUGAAGGGACGGAACGACAAGCUGGCUAAGAAAUGGCUCGUCCAAAGUGUGCACCAGAACCCGUUCCAUUGGGGCGCGUGGCAGGAAUUGAAUGAUCUUCUGUCCAGCACUGAAGAUUUGAAAGAAAUCAUCGACCACCUGCCGCACAACAUUGUUACCUUGAUCUUUCACGUUUUCUGCAGUCAGGAGCUAUAUCAAGCUACUGAAGAAACCUAUCGAGAUCUAACCGAGCUUGAGGCUAUUUUUCCUACCAGUGCCUUUCUCAAGACCCAGCGUGCUCUGCUCUACUAUCAUUCGAAAGAUUUCGAGGAGGCAUCCCACAUAUUCAACGAAAUUCUCACUACAUCGCCCCAUCGCCUGGACAGUCUCGACCACUACUCCAACAUUCUGUACGUGAUGGGCUCGCGGCCACAACUCGCUUUUGUGGCCCAGAUUGCAACUGCCACCGAUAAAUUCCGCCCGGAAACUUGCUGCGUCGUAGGCAACUAUUACUCACUCAAAUCCGAGCAUGAAAAGGCCGUCAUGUACUUCCGACGCGCUUUGACCCUCGACCGCAACUUCCUGUCUGCUUGGACCCUAAUGGGCCAUGAGUACAUUGAGAUGAAGAACACACACACCGCUAUCGAGUCUUACCGCCGUGCUGUCGAUGUCAACCGCAAGGACUACCGCGCCUGGUACGGUCUCGGGCAGGCCUAUGAAGUCCUGGACAUGUCCUUCUACGCUCUCUUCUACUAUCAGCAUGCGGCAACUCUUCGUCCAUACGACCCGAAAAUGUGGCAGGCUGUCGGGUCUUGUUAUGCGAAAAUGGGCCGCCCCGAGCAAAGUAUCCAGGCCCUCAAGCGUGCUCUUGUGGCCGGCUCAUACUACACCGACGAUGGCGCCUCACAGUCUGGUGCCGCCGCAAGUCCUGGCCCAGGGACUCGCAAGGUGCUUGACCCAGAAACGCUGCACCAGAUCGCGACUCUUUAUGAGCGUCUCGAUGACGAAGAGGAAGCCGCUGCUUAUAUGGAGCUCACGCUUCAACAAGAAACGGGUGGCGCUCCAAUCGCCGAUCAAGACCAAUCCGACGAUGAGGACCAGUACUCGUCUGCUUCGGAACACGCAGCCCACAGCGAUCUCGACGCUGAGCACUCUGACGAUGAUGCCGCCGGCAUGCCUUCGCGUGCGCGUCGUCGCCGUCGGCCUCGCGUCAGCGCCUCAUCCGCCAUGCAGGAUGACAGCUCUACCGCUGGCGACACGUGGAAUGGCACUGGGCCCACGGCGACUACAUCUAAGGCUCGCCUCUGGCUGGCACAAUACGCCCUACGGAACGGCGACCUUGAUCGCGCAGACCAGCUAGCGGGCGAAUUAUGUCAGGAUGGAAUUGAGGUGGAGGAGGCCAAGGCUUUAAUGAGGGAUGUUCGUGCGCGAAGAGAGGGGGCUGCUUAG